AUGCCUAGCAAGGAUAAGCAAGUUAUGGUGAACAAUAACACAAAGCGAUCUAAGUGGAGAUCGAAAUGCCGACAACGCUUGUCUGACCAUAUCGCGGACACGCUAGGAAUUUAUAUCAAGCCGAUUAAUGUUCGACUCAAGCUUGAAGGUGAAGAAGAAAUGCCAUAUAAGUGGCAUAUUGAAAAGCCUGAGUUGGAGCCUAUCUUUAAAAAGCAGCUGAGUAGACAUUCCGUCGGUGUUUAUAUGCAGUUAUAUGUGGAAGUGGGGAGUUCGUUCUGGGCUAUUCUGCCGGGUUCGAAACAGGCCUCAUUGAAGCCCAGUCCCCAGGACCAAAUUGAAUCUUUACAGGCAGAAAAUACGGCUCUUCUUGAAAGACUGAAGUUCUUUGAGGCAUACGCAACAGAGAUGGCUCAGGAGAAGGAGAGGCUCGAAAAUGAAACAUCCAUCAUAAAGGAGAUGGCUGGAAGAAAGGAUAUAUCGAAUAUCAAAUUAGAGGGCGAAGUUUCAAACUUGAAGGAGACUAUACAGACCUCCACGCUUCUUCUUAGCAACUAUGAGCGGGAGAUCCAAGAGUGGACUUCUACUGCGCAGUGCUACGAGGCUUAUCGACUACAGUACAUAAAGGGGUUAAACCAGGUGACGCAAUUCUUGCAAGGGCUCAAGGAUGGGAUGGGACCACCUGGGCAAUAUUACACGUUGAUAGGACAGAGCAAGAAUAGAUAA